CUUUUGCCAACUCAAGCUUCAUUUUUAUAUCACCCUACGGCACCCUUUCCCGACUUUCGCUUCUGUACUAUAACCCAGGCCCUUCAUUCUGCCCUUACAAACAGAACAACGUUCACAAAACCAAGACUCUUGUUGCUUACAAGCAGUCCUAUAUUAGCUUUGCCAUCUGUUGUUUUGUCUGUGUUUACCCUCCUUAAUUCUUCCCCUUCAUGAAAGUGUCCAUAUUCACUGUGAUCUUCGCGUUGAUCACAGUCUCUACGCAGACUCCAUACAUCGGGUUUCCCUUUGACCAACAAUUGCCCGAUGUCGCACGUAUCGGCAUGCCCUACAGCUUCCAGCUCAGCAAUAUCACAUUCCUCUCGAACUCCGAUAACAACACGUUGAGCUACGCCAUAAGCAACCAGCCUUCAUGGCUAACGUUUGACGCGUCCAGCAAGGUGUUAUCGGGCACACCCACCAGCACCGACGCACAAGCUGAAAACACAUUCACCAUCACAGGGACUGAUUCCCAAGGCUCGCUCGCAGCUAACUACAGCCUCGUGGUAUCCAAUGCCGCCGCUCCCACGCUUGUCAACUCAACGGCGCUCUUUGACCAGUUGAAGGAAGGUAGGCUGACCAAUGGGGUGAACGGUGUGGUGCUUCUUCCGGGAAUACCUUUCUCCAUCAAGUUCAACACGGCAGAAAUCUUCAGCGCCUCUACUAACCCCAUCAUCGCGUACUACGGCCGUUCCGGCGACCACACCUCGCUUCCGCCAUGGAUCAUCUUCACGACUUCUGAUGACAACAGCGUGGCGACGUUCAGCGGUACUGCGCCCGAAGUUGCCUCGGCGAUCGCACCAUCUCAGUCCUACGGCUUUUCACUCAUUGCGUCUGACUACAAAGGCUUUACCGGGAUUCAGCUGGAGUUCUUCAUCGUCGUGGGUGCCCACACUCUCUUCACCACCGUUGACGCGCCGAUCGCCAUCAACGGAACCGAGGGAGAGACCUUUACGGUCACCCUUCCGAUGUCGCAGGUUUUUCAGAGUAAUGGGAGUGACGCCAACGGUACUGCUAUUAUGGAUUCUGACAUCUCGCAGUUGACUCUCACGGGCGAGAACCCAUCUUGGGUCGAGCUAGACUCGUCUGCUAGAACCCUCACCGGUACAUUUGGAGACGUCUCGAACGCUACCCUGUUUGGUGUAGUUGUGUAUGACAACUGGAAUAAUCAGGUCACGAUACCAUAUGUGAUCAUGGCCACUAACAACUCUGUCUUUAAUGAAACUUCCUUGCCCUCUGUGAAUGCGACCAGACUGACCUUUUUUUCCUACGCUAUUCCAUCGGACAUCUUCAGGGAUGAGGCCGACACAAACGUGAGUGUGUCAUACUCUGACUCCUGGUUAUUGUACCACGCGCUGAAUUUGACUUUUAACGGGAUGGUUCCGCAGGACUUUGAUAGCUCCGACAUCACGAUUACUGGUCAGAGAGGCACUUCCCUGGAUUCCUUGACGUUCCAACUUAAGGGUGUAAACAAUCAAGCCGUUACCUCUGCCACGUCCUCUGCCACAUCCUCUGCCACCUCUGCCGCUGUUUCACCCACUUCUACCCCAUCUGCGGCAAUAGCUGCCUCUUCUAAAGGAAGCAACAAGACAUUGGCAAUCGCGCUUGGGGUGGCGAUUCCGGUAGCCGCGAUCAUUAUACUCGCGCUCAUUCUCUUCCUCUGCUGCCGCAAGCGCAAGUCGAAGAAGGAAAACGUCGAGACCGGCACGAUCUCCAAGCCAACCCCGAUAGAACCAAAGGUUAUCGUUCCUUUUAACGAUAAGGAAGCCGAUGAUGGAUCCAUUAGCGAAAAUCCCCAGCAGAUGUCUACCCUUAAUAUGAUGAAGUUAGACGGCUCCAAUCGGAAAAACUCAGAUUCCCAGUCAUACUCCUCUUCUAUCACCCACGUGGACCGCCACCGCGAGUCCAACUCUUCCGGCGAACUGUACUACGACGCUGUCGAUGUGUCUGGCCCAAAACCCCAGCUCAGCACCGUUCCGCGCAACUCGUGGAGAUCCCAGCAAAGAAUGGAGUCCCGAGCGUCAUACACGUCGAUGGCGACGAUCGAAACCGAGAACUUGUAUUCUGUGCGCUUGGUCGACGAUGACGUGAACGGCCCUAGCAACCGCAAGUCUGCCCAGACAAUCCUCCAAACCAACAGGUCGUCCUUAGCGUCUGGCUUGGUUGCCGAAUUGCCCCGCGACGAGUCUGGCAACUUUCAACGCCUAAACAGUAACGGUGAUCUUGUGAGUGAAUCAAGAAAAGGCGAGCUUGUGGCCGAUCCUGCGGAGAAACCAUCCGCCCGCAGUUCCACAUUGGAUAUCCUCCAAGAGGAGGACCCAGGCCUUCCCCUUCCUAAUUUCAGUGGCUCGACGGAAGAGCUCAAGGAAAGACUGAAGUCCCCGAGCUUGUCCGGUGUUUUCAUCCCCAGCUCCAUUGGUAAGCAUGGGGAGUUGAUCUGGUCCGCGUCGGGCGAUCCUCCAAAGCUGGGCUCAUCCUCGCCGAGGAUGUUGGAUCCAAACGUUUCGCUUGCGUCAUCGUUGAAAAACACUCCUGUGAGUAACACCUAUUCGCCACGCCUCCCUGUCGAUUCGUCGUACGCUGCGUCCUCCGACUACACCAGACAGAGCGACAGCAACAACACCGCCGUGUCUAGCGCCAAGUUAGUGGACUUUCCAAACAAGAAGAUCAUCACUACCGUAUCCAAGGAUUUUGAUAACUUGAGCGUGGAGGGUGAGAUUGCCGAUUCGUUCGACGACAGCAGCGAGCACAGCCAUUAAGCAGCGCUGCGUUGAGUAUUUUUUUUUUUACAUUUUGGGUAUAGUUUUGUCUUUUCGUUUUUUGGUGUUUAAUUUUAAUUGCUCUUAGAUUCCUA